CGCAGGCGGUUGCUAGGGCCCGGGCCGGAAGUGCUUCGUGCUGGCGGAGAGCACUUCCGGGGCGGCGCGGCUCGGAGCGGUGUGUGAAUAAGGACUCCCCGCUGGAAUUUGUGCCGAGCAAAGCUGGACGAGGAGUGGAUCCACGCGCCUGGUGCUCUGUUUGAGUGGGGGAGGAGCAGGCACGGCUGAAGACCGUCGAGGAGCAGAGUGUGAGUGGCUGCGACCUUGCGUUGGGCCUCAGGAGAACAGUGUGUGACUGUGUCUCGAGCAUCCUGCGUGGCCGUUGCCAGAAAGCAGCCUCCUGGAGAGCAGCAGAGCAGCAGGCUGUCUGCGCUAUGGCCGCUGAAGUGCAUUUCUCGCCCCGUGAGAUCCCGGAGCCCACGCUGAUGGAGAACGUGCUGCGCUCCGGCCUCUUCUUUGGAGCCGUUUUCCAGCUUGUGUGCGUGCUGGCCAUAACCCUGCCAGUUCCCAAGUGCCCAGAGACAACCGUCGAGGAGCAGAGUGUGAGUGGCUGCGACAUUGCGUUGGGCCUCAGGAGAACAGCGUGUGACUGUGUCUCGAGCAUCCUGCGUGGCCGUUGCCAGAAAGCAGCCUCCUGGAGAGCAGCAGAGCAGCAGGCUGUCUGCGCUAUGGCCGCUGAAGUGCAUUUCUCGCCCCGUGAGAUCCCUGAGCCCACGCUGAUGGAGAACGUGCUGCGCUCCGGCCUCUUCUUUGGAGCCGUUUUCCAGCUUGUGUGCGUGCUGGCCAUAACCCUGCCAGUUCCCAAGUGCCCAGAGACAACCGUCGAGGCACGAAAUGGAGUUGGGGCUCAGGGGAGCAAUGGGUGCCUGUGUCACAACCUUCCUGAGCGCCCCUUGCAAGGCGGUAAAAGACGACGCUGCAGGGCAUUUCUCCCAGCUGAGAUCCCUGAGCCCACACUGGUGGAGAACGUGCUGCACCACCACCUCUUCUGCAGGGCCGCUUUGCAGCUGCUCUGUGCCCUGGCUGUAAUCGUGCCGGUUUCCAGGUGCCAUAAGCCAGACUGGCACAGUCUUGGGACUCAGUCUGGCGAGGCAGUGAAGAAAGCCAAGGCAAGUGCUGCUCUGCUGAGGAAGAAAGCCCAGAAGGAGAGCAAAAAGAACCGAGCAGGGCUUGAGCGAGAAGGCCCACAGGACACUGGGAUCAGCUGGAAUGCUUCCUCGGAGGUGGCACCAAAGGCAGCGGACUGAGUCCAGUUUUGUGGCAUGACUGUGCUUUCUCUGUCAUGGACAGUGCAGCGGAACUGAGGCACCUGGAAGGGAAGGGCUUGUGCUGCGUUCCCAGCAAGGAGGGAUUGCCAGAGCCAGGUCUUCAGCUAUGGCAAGAGGUGGAGAGGCUGUGUUCCUUCAGGCUGCGUCUCUUCAGGGCCAGGGCCGGUCUAGUGUGAGAUUGAAGUAUGGCUAGCCGGGCCUGGAGGGAGAGGAGCUGACAUAGCCACAGGGUCAGGCUUCUCCUUGUGUCUGCCUGGAGGCUGAUUGACUCAUUGCUAAGCAGAAACCCUGGGCGCUGGGGUUUCAUUUUGGGCUGUGUUGAUAUAAAUACAACCCAGAGCCUUUUGUAUUGAAUAAAAGCAAAACCAACUUUUUCCACACGGUGCUGCCUCUUUCCAUAGCUGGUCAAAAGGUGCCGUGCUUGGGCUGGCAUCACAGGGCCGUGAACCAGUCAGCUCUGCCCUGAAAUUCUGCUGGUUUUCCCCCGUUUCCUUGUUGGUCUUCCCAACGGGUGGCCUUUCAGCCCACCUGUAGCUGCUGCCCACAGGCUGUGAGCCUGCCCUUGCUCUCCAAGGACCGCCAGCAAAAGCACGAAGGAGGGGAAGCGGCCCGGGAGGAAGAAAGGCGUCCCUGCACUCAGCCCCUGGAGCUUGCCUCUCUUCGUGGUGGCUUUUUCAGCCCUGCGCUGUGCUGAGGGUUGCUUUUUGCCCCGGGAAGCCCAGCUGCACGCGGGCAGCCUUGGGCUGCACAUCAGCCUGGCAUUGGGGCACGAGGAGUGGAGGUGUGGGGGGGAUGGUGUGAAGAGCAGCGCUGGGAGCGGGGAGGAGGAGAGGGCAGCGGGGUGGGCGGCAGGGGAACGUGCCUCGGAGCAGAGCUCAGCCUCGAGGCUGGGCGACACAGAGCCGUGCUGCGCUGCUGCAGCUCCAGCGGCUUCAAGUGCGGUACGGCAGCGCCGCGUGUUGUGCCAGGGCGCUUUGCUGAGUCCGGGGGCGGGACGGAGCUGCAGCUGGCCAAUGAGAGGCACGAACGGGCCGGAACUGGCCCUGACCGAUGAGUGGCCGGAGGCGGCGUGGAGCUGCGACGGUGGAGGGGCUCGCGGUGUUUUUGUGGCAGAAAAUCCCAGAUUUCAAGGGAACGCCUGGGAUUGCUGGCAGAAAACCCUUUAAUCCCGGUUUUUCCCCCAAAAUCUCGGGUUUUCUCCCAGAAAUCCCUGUUUUUUCCCCCAAAAUCUCGGGUUUUCUCCCAGAAAUCCCUGUUUUUCCCCUUAAAUCUGGGGUUUUCUCCCAGAAAUCCCUGUUUUUCCCAAUAAAUGUGUCUUUUUCUCCCAGAAAUCCCUGUUUUUUCCCCUUAAAUCUGGGCUUUUCUCCCUGAAAUCCCAGUUUUUCCACUUAAAUCUGGCUUUUAUCUCCCACAAAUCCCAGUUUUUCCCCUUAAAUCUGGAUUUUUCUCCCAGAAAUCCAUUUUCCCCCUAAAUCCGGGUUUUUCUCCCAGAAAUCCCAUUUUUUCUCCUUAAAUCUGGGGUUUUCUCCCAGAAAUCUCCGUUUUUCCCCUUAAAUUGGGGUUUUUUCCUCUUAAAUAUGGCUUUUCCACCUAUGAAAUCCCAGUUUUCCCCCUUAAAUCUGGGGUUUUCUCCCAGAAAUCCCUGUUUUUCCACUUAAAUCUGGAUUUUUCACCCAGAAAUUCCUGCUUUUGCCCUUAAAUCUGGGGUUUUCUCCCAGAAAUCCCAUUUUCCCCCUUAAAUUCGGGUUUUCUCCCACAAAUCCCUGUUUUCCCCCUUAAAUCUGGGGUAUUCUCCCAGAAAUCCCUGUUUUUCCACUGAAAUUGGGGGGUAUUCCUCUUAAAUAUGGCUUUUCCAGCUAUGAAAUCCCAGUUUUUCCCCUUAAAUCUGGCAUUUUCGCCAUGAGAGGCGACUGCUUUGCCCAGUGUUUUCCUGUCGCUCCUUGCAGUUCCUGCAUUUGAAUUACUGCACGAUGAUGUGCUGUUUCAACUGCUCCUCGUACCUCUGCAUCAUCUGCAGACUGUGCUGCCAGGGCCCUGAUGGAGGGGUGGAACGCUGCUGGUGCUGGGUGGAGGCCAAGGCCCCUUUCUAUCAACUGGCUUCCAGCUGAGCUUUUGCCAGUUCUCGCAGCCCUCUCUGCCUGGCCCUUGGGGUGGUUUUGUGCCCACCUCGUAGCUUUCUUUUUUAGCUGGUAUGUCGUCCACUUGCCUGUUGUGAGAGAGAGUGAGGAAAGCCUUACAGAGGUGGAGAGAAACAGAAUUCACCGCUGUUUUCUCUCCCACCAAACUUCCCCUCCCCCCGUACACAGCUGUCACAUUGGUACCCAGUUUCCCCUUUGUUCUCUGUCACCCUUUCCCUUCACGAGUCCGGGGACGACUCCUAUUUUGUUUGUAUCUGUUAAGCAUGAUGUAGAAUAAGGGGGGGGAACGUCCUGGUGCUACGCUUUGGGUUCUCAGCAUUGCACACCAUCUCAUCAUGUCAUGCACUGGGGGUUUGGCUGCUGAUGCUCAAGUUGUGGGUGCCUGUCUGGAGGAGAAGAACCACGUUUCCCCAGGGGGCUUUGCGCUCAGCAAGGACACACAGCUCCUGGCCAAGUCCCCUGAUGUUCUCGUCUUCGCCUGCGCUUCUCCGCCUGCUUUUCUUCCUGGGCUCAACUGGACUGCAGUUCUCAGCUCAGCGCUGUGGUGAGGCCUAUCCACCUUUCAGACACACUCUCUCGCUCGCUCGCUCUCAUUCUAUUUUGCUGAUACCAUAUUUAGUAAAUCAGUUUGUUGCACCUCA